AUGAUUCAGGGAGGUGACAUCUACGAUGCCAAGACCCUGGAAGAGCUAUCUUUAGCUAAGCCUCUUCUGCAGGAUACGCAGGACCCCGAGAGGCCCAUCUUGUUUGAUGAUCCUUUGGAGGCUCCGCCUGAAAACCAAGAGCUUGUGAACGAUGAGGGGGAUAUGGAAAUAGACUGGCUCACGAAUCACUAUCUUGAGUCCCUGUUUCGAGGACCUGACCUGCGAGCCACCUCCACUGCAGUUGCAAAGUCGUUUGAUUUGAAGUUUGGGGGUACCAAGAUCAGGUGUUCCGUCCCCCAGAACGCUGUUUCAGAAACCUCGGGAGAGAAGCUAGAACCCGACCUUCUUUACGCAUCCAUGAAGCUGGAGUUGGAGGAAUUGGAAUCCUUCAAGGUUGGAGAAGUGAUCCCUGAGCGCGAAGCUCGACGUCUUGCUAAGGAGAACGGCAGGGCAGAAUUCGUAGAGUUGCCGAAUAAUGUGAGCACCCAGAGCACUGGGGAACGAGUUUUCGUCAAAUUGCCAAAAGCGAUGAACGGAUUGCGCUCUGCUCCAUUAUCUUGGUAUUGCGAGCUGUCUGAAUACUUGCGCUCUCAGAACUUCGAAGCAAGUUUGGACCCCACUAUAUUUCGUCGUCUUACGAAGAAGGGUUUGACGCUUGUGUUGUUUUAUGUGGAUGACUUGCUUAUCUACAGUGAAGAUGAAGGUGAAGGGCGCCGGUUUUAUGAGGAGCUGCGUAAGAAAUAUAAACUGAAACUUACGGGCGAGCUGCUUCAGGAUUGCCCCGGGGAAGUUUCGUUUCUCGGCCGGCGGAUCUUUCGCCGCAAGAAAGGGGAACGGUCGGUGUAUUUCGGACUAGACGAACAGUACCUGAGUUCCUGUUGCGAGGAGUACGGAAUCAACAAGCCGACCCCAAAGCUCCCUUCCCUUGAACGCCGCUACGCUGAGUUGCUGAAGAAAGGCCAGACUGAGCUGAUCAGUCCAGCUGCUCACGAAAGGUACAGGAGGACUUUGGGCCGGUUGGCCUGGGCGGCUCUUUCUCGACCAGACCUGCAGUUUGUGUGUGGGUUUCUGGGCCGCCACCAGGCAGCUCCUGACGAGGCUGCCGAGACCUGUAUGAGGGAUGUCCUUCGUUGGGUCAAGGGUCUUCCGCACAAGGUCCAGAUGUUUCCAAGUAAAAGGGAGAUCUUGGAAGAUGAUGCGGUCUCCGAGAUUGCCUACUUUGGGGUGACUAUAAGGAGGUUGAUCUUCUGA